UGUGCUACUUCCGCUUUCACGGGCUGUCGGGUACGGGGUCGGACGCGCCAUCUCAGAACAACACGUCGGUCGAUAUCUCUCAGCGGCCGAAAUCAUUUAAAGCCCGACACGGUUCAACGUCCUGCGACAUUCGGCAACUUGUUAUUUCCGAGGAGGCGCGAUCUGGAUAAGACCGUCGCAACGAUCGCACUUUAGCUAACUGUUAGCCCGCGAAGCUGUUAGCUUGAACGAGCGCCUCUUUGAGCCGCGGAGUUGAGACUCCCACAGCCCGGUUCAUGUUGUCGCCGCUCGCGGGGAAAUGUUGCACGGAUCACCGGCCCGCCGCGACGAGGCCAACGUCGGCGACGUGGAGAACAACAACCCGGCGACGCUGAUUUCCAGCCGCGAUGGGCUGAACAAAGCGAGGCAGGCGCUGCUGAAGCGAGGGGGCAGGAAGCUGCGGGCGACGGCGACGACGGCGGCGGCGGCGGCGCUGCGGCAGCAGAAAGCCCCGAGGAACGGCCCCGGCAUCCGCCUGUCCGACCUCAACAACAACAACAACAACACCACCAACACCCUGGCGGCGUCUCCCGCCAACAAAGCCGCGACUCAGCCCGGCGCCGAGCUCCCUGCCGCCGCCCAGACGGGGCUGACCCUCCACCCGCUCCGACGCGCCGCCGGGAGAGAGCUGCUGAAAUCCAAAGGUGGCCGACGGGAGCGACGGGCCACGCAGCCCGGAGGCCAGACCGGCCACAACCUCCCCCGGCUCGAUCAGGUGACCCAGAAUGCGAACAACCGGAGCCACAAGCCCAGGAAGGACCAAACAUCUGCCGAUGCUUCUCACAGCACGAAGAGGAAAGAGCACUGCAGCAGUAACAGCAGUCCCGACAAGCCGCCCUCCCUCCACCAGCCUCCAGCCUGCCAGCAGAAAAAAACCCUCCACCCGUCCAACAAUGUGAAGGCCGCGAGCUCGCCGCUCGCCGAAAGCGCGGCCGAGUACCUCAAAGACGGCGAGAAGGUCUACGCCGGGGCGAAGUUCAGCGAGCCGCCCUCACCCAGUGUCUUGCCCAAACCCCCCAGCCACUGGGUCGGGGAAGAGGAGCCGCGGCGCGGCGACCAAAGCCGAGAGCAAAUGGCCGUUCAGCUCAAGUCGCUGCUGAAGGUCCAAGAUUCGCCGUGACCACGGCUCUGGAUUUUAUAAAAAUUGGAGUGGACCCGUCCGAUACAUCUGAUUCACAUCGGACGGCAACAGUUGAAAAGAUUUGACACACUGCAAUACAAAGGAGGGAGUUUUGAAAUCAACUUGAGCACAAUUUCCCAUGAGCCAACACGCUGCCUGACGCUGUGAAGACGUUGUGUCGUCGCCGGAGAUUUGACGUGCUGUGUAUUUUUUGUUUUUAUUCUAUGUGGUUGAAAUUUAUGCGCAAUUUUUCCAGGUCGUCUCCAGCAGCUUUUGAGUUUACAUGAUGCAAAAAACCCCGGCGACGGCACUUUUGUCUUCAUGAAGACUUUUGACGAGGCGGCGUCGCCUCCUCUUUUUAAAGCGCUUCUGCAAAAAUGUACAUAAUAUAUUGUAAACAUAUAUUUGUGUAUAUUUUUUUCCCUUGUUAUUUUAACUGAGAUGCUAGUUUUGUUACUGAGGUUUUACACACACACACACACAAAAGAGAAGAAAAGAAAAACCGAGGCACUUUGUUCCAGCUCCGUCAGUGCGAGGCACAGUGGAUGUAAGAAAAGACUUUUUCUCACUUGAUUUGCACUGAAAACUGAAAAAAAGAAGAAAAAAAACCCGGGAAGAACAAGGAGCCGAACUUUGACGUCUCCUGAAAUCCUUUUUUGACCAGCCACUCUGAUCCAUCCACCAGCCAAGCGUGUAGAGCGCAGGAGGCGACCUCCGGCUUCUGGCUCGUUACCUUUUCAAAAGGGCUCGGAUGGAAGUUCUUCCUCCGAUGGCCCGGCGUCGAAUCAGGGACCGCGAAGCUGACGGGGCUGCCGAAGCCUCCGUGAACCGAAGAGAAAGUGACGAUUAUUUCUCUCUCUCUAUCUCUAACCCUGUCGCACUGAUCUAUCGAGUACCUCCACAUCGAUCCGGCUCAAUUUAAAAAAAACACACUCUCUUUCAGUUGACUGUCCACACCGAGCGAGCGUUUUUAAAAAGAUAGAGCUAUUACAAAACAGCAUGUUUUAAGCGUGUGAAUCAUGAAAGCAAAGAAAAACGAUACAUAUCAGUUGGCAAAUCCCUGUUACCCACCUCUAUUGGUGUCGAUGUCCUCAUCAAGAGCUGAAAUACAUUUUUUUAAAUCUUCGGAUUUCGGAGAUUUGCCACGACAAAAACUCGAAAUCUAAAAUAUGUCGCUUUGACAUAAUGAGACUGUCGAAUUUUGACGUGCGAUCAAAGUCAUUAUUAUACGUUAAACGUACAGUGCGUGAGGACGGCGUGCAGCUGCGCGGAAACAGGGUUUCGUCCCCCACGAGGGCGAAGACAAGAUUAUCGUCUUCGUAGUUGUUUGUACAAAAACUCUGCGCGUUUUCUUACGUAGAAUGUGUUUUUGAAAAUGACACGGCUUCAUGUGGAUGUAGUCUUACUUUGUCUGUAUAUUAUGUUUUUGUUUUUUAACAGGGAAUCGUUUUUCACAUACUUCAUUUCACAUCCUUUGUUUUUUUUUCUUUUAAAGUUUUUCGAGAUACUUCGAGCACAUCCAUGUUUACCGAGAGAAGCAGUUUGUGUUGACUUUGUCACACGACCUCGCAAUUAUGUUUUUUUAAACUUACAUGGUCUGUACGGAGGCAGGCAGCUGCUGGCUCUGGUUUCUCGACCUCUGUGACGUCACGUAAAAAAGAUAAAAAUUGUGUUCAUGUUGUAAAAGCAGCCCCUUUUCUAUUGCAGUGUUUUCAUGUGUUUUCAUUCCAGUUAUAUAUUUAAAGAAAAACAAAACAACAGGUCACCUCCAUCUCACAUCUUUGGGAGGAAAAAAAAGGUUUUUAUAUCUGAUAUAAAAGAAUAUCUGUUCAUUCAUUUCUAAAGUAUAUUAAAAAUUUGGUCUCCCCUUCAA